GCCCGCAGUGCUGCUUGGGCGACGGUGCAGCGAUGAUGGACCACCACGUGCAGCAGCAGCAGCCGCCGGCGCAGCAGCAACAGCAGCAGGCGCAGCCGCCGCCGAGGACUUCCGAGGAGCCCGCCAGGCCGCGCGGGCUCUACAGCAUAGACCAGAUCCUGGGCACCGCCUCCGUGAAGGAAGAGACGGACUGCGGCCGCGCGGAGAGCGGUUCGACGACUUCCGGAGACCUGGACGCGGCAGAGGCGGACGCCGAGGAAGCCAAGCCCCGCAAGGUGCGCCGCUCCAGGACCACCUUCACCACGUUCCAGCUGCACCAGCUGGAGCGCGCCUUCGAGAAGACGCAGUAUCCAGACGUGUUCACCCGAGAAGAGCUCGCAAUGCGGCUCGACCUCAGCGAGGCGCGCGUCCAGGUGUGGUUUCAGAACCGAAGAGCAAAAUGGCGCAAACGGGAGAAGGCGCUAGGCAGGGAAACUGCCGGCUUCCUACACGGCGAUCAGCCAGGUCUGGCUGACUUCGUGCCGUCGCCGCUGGGUCUGCCGCCUCUGCCUCCGGAUCCUUUCUGGCCGGGGGCGGCGCUGGGCUUCACCCCGGUGUUCGGGCUGGGUCUGCCGUGGGGGCCGGGCGGCAAGGCCGGCCACCCACCACCGCCGCUGCAGGCGCUGCUGUCGCAGUACAUGCUGGCCGGAGGCGGGCUGCCGCUGGCCGCCGCCUUCCCGCUGCCGCCCCCGCUGCCGCACGCCGCGCAGCAGCACCAGCACCAGCAGCCGCCCCCGCAACCGCAGGAGCGGCCGUCGCCCCCGCCGCCUCCGCAGGCCCCGGAGCGCGCCGCCUCCCCGCAGCCGUGCGCGUCACCAGAAUCCCGCAAACACAGUAUCGAAGCGCUGCGCAUGCGCGCCAAGGAGCACCAGGUGGCGCUGCAGCAGCGCCUCGCCGCCGUCGCCGCCGCAGCCGCCUCCGCGUCUUCGCCGCCCCCGCCGGCACCGCCGGGCGCCGCCUCCACCCCGCCGGUUCCCGCCAAGUCGUAGGACGGCCUGCUGACUAGUCUCGACAGCGUGGCGCACCUUCUGUUGGAAGUAGAGGGAGAUCGCUCGACGAUCCAGCCCAGCUCUACAAAUGUACACUCAGCAACAAACUGUGCAUCGAAUUAGAAACGUAGUGAGUGAAACAGUUACCGGAUCUAUGCCGAAGACAUAGAUCUCGGCUGAAAGUAAUAUCUAAAUGGAAUUCGCAGAGUGCCUUGUGCACUUUCAUGCUUAUAUACUAAAACCAGCAAGUUUCAUUGUACUCCAGAGUGCAGAUUUCUUAACUUUAUUUACUGCUAACAAUCUUGUACUAAAAACUAAGAUGUAAAUGAAUACAUUGCAAAUACUUCUGUGACUGAACUCGGACUAUCCCGAGGAAAACAUAAAUAUAAGGCUAAUCCCAUAGAAACAGGUCAUUGGAAAAAUUUAAUAGAAGAGAAAAUAUUGACAAGUGUAAUCUCAGUGACCUGAUCAUUCCAUCUCUUGCGUGGCUUGAGAGAAUUUACUUCUCUUCCCGAUUUGCUAUGAAAAACCAAUGUCAUGCCAAAAACUCAUAUACGACCUCUGAGAUGCAUAAAUCUUAAUGUUUUGAUGGGGUAUGUGUCUAGCUUUGAUCGUCGAUGAUACAAAAACAUAAUCUGUAGUUGAUCUGAUGUAAUUACAUUUUCGUGGAGACACAUUGAGUCUCAACUUUAUUUUCGAUAAGAACAAAAGCAGAAGUGCUGCAUUAAAAUUCGUGGCAAGGCUGGGACUUGAUGACAUGCUAUCCACUACCCGACCAUGGCAUUUUGGCUAAUUCAGCUGCACGAUUCAAGAAGGGAAAAGAUCAAGCUGGCCUGAGGCGUGAAUUGAAGUUUGUGUUAAGGAUGGCAAUGGACUAGAGUAUCCUGUGCUAAGGUGACGUAGUGAACACCACAUCCGCCUAACAAGCAA